AAAAUUAAACGUAAUGUUUUGAGUGGAACACUGAAGAGGAAGAGAGCUGCAGAGGAGAAGGAGAUAAUAGGAAAACUUCCAAAAUUAACAUCGUGGCUCAACACAGGUGUAACGACAGCCACUCAUACCAUUCCUUAGCAGCCACAUCAGCAUCCACUCCUGCAAUGUAAACAUGUGGGAGCCUCAGAGAUGCUGCUUUUGUUGCAACCUUGGGACUGGGAGCCUCAUCUUGUGCAGCCUGGUCGUGGUAGUAAGUCUUGUGGACUUGAUAUCCAUGAUCAAGGUAUUCUUCAAAGGAGAUGUGGAGAAAGAAAUUAAAACAAUGUGCGAGGAUAUAUUCUCAUACGAAUCUGACUGCCAAGGCCAUGUACAAGCCAUUAUUACCGGUGUGGUGUCUAUCCGGGUGAUCAUCGACCUCCUGAAGCUUACGUUCACAACACUAAUGAUCCUGGCCAUCUUCAAGAACAAGAUAAAGCUGAUGAUUCCUCUAAUGGCUAUGAUUUUCAUCGAGUUAAUACUUUCGAUGCUGACAGGCACAGUGAUAAUUAUUUCACUUGCCACAAUUAGCACUGGAAAAGCUGCUGUCAAAAUAGCUGUUGUUGUUGGUCUGGUGAUGUUCUUUGAAACUUACUUGCUGCUUGUGUUCCGUGCCUACUAUGUGCAGAUCAAAGGAGAAGAUGGAGCGAUGGAGAGAUUACUGGACGAGGUUACUGAUACUGAUAUUUAAUAAUAUGCAACACAAAUAUGGUUAUAUGAAGAAAUAUACUGAAUUUUAAAAAUA